AUGUCUUCGAAUUCAACGCUUUUACCUCUGUUGAGCUUCGAUACUGAAAUGGAAACAGUGAGUAGGCUUCGAUUUCUAAUAUUUUCUAAAAUUUCAGCUGGCGGUGAAUCUCAUCAACAGCCUCACUUCGGUUGCAAAGAAGAACGCCGCUGAUCGUCAGAUCUUCUGGACAAUUUUUGUUUUGGUGUUAAGUGAGUUUACUUUGAUCAUCUCUUACAACAAAGGUUGACUUUGCGGUGGGGAUUUCCCUGAAAAUUGGUACAAUGCUUGAUGUACCAGAUGAAAGUUUCAAUCUGCACAACUUCAUAUUUUUCGAGGAAAAAAUCUUCAAAGCUUUAAAACAGCGUAGUCUGAUGAUUUUUGAAGGUCUUGUUUGAAUUUUUUCAAGAACCAGAAAGUUGUGCAGGUUAAGGCUUUCAGUAUCUCCAUCUGGUGUAUCAAGCAGUUUUCUAGUCAAAUUUCAGAAGGAUAGUCAGCUUUAAAUUUUUUAAGUGAACCUCAGGACUGUUGUUAUCAAAUCUUAUGUAAAAAAUUUUAAUUGGUGACAAAGGUAGGUUUAACAAACGCCAGGUUUUUAUGAACAGUGAAUCGACCUAAUUCAGAGGUAUUUUUCGUAUCGCAGAAGCAUUUUUUCCACUCGAACUUUUAAGUUGUUGUUAAAAACGUCAUUUAAAAAGUUAAUGCGCAAAAUUUGAUGUGAACUCUUUGAUAUUUCCAGAAGAUACCAUUUUUGUGAAAUAUUCGAUUUUUUUCGCUUUUCGCAUGGUUUGAAAAUAAAGUUGCUUGAUUCAAAAUUACUUGAAACGCUGUGGCCUCCGACUCACCUUAAUGUUUAUUCAAAAUUUAAAAAAAGGCAAAAGUUCCAACACAAGUAAAAAAUGAGUCCUGACACCCGGUCAAAAAAACUAGUUUUGACGGAUUUCAAAAACGGAACAAAAAACAAGGCUAUCUGAGCUGGUUGAAUUGUCAUUUGAGGAAGAAAAGCCAAUCAUUUUUGUUUAAUCUUCAAUUUUACCAUAAGUUUUCGUACAAUCCGUUAGCCUCUCUACCACAUUUCUUGCCUGCAUUUAUAUCAAUUUCUCUGUAUUUUCGAGGUUUUCAAGUAUCUUUGUAUGAACUUUCAUCAAACUUUAAUACAUCAAAAUUUUGCACUGUUCGUAGCAAAAAUUCAGCAAAAAAUUUCAGCUUUUGCUGUCGCCUUCACUCUCGCAAUAAAAGAACUCGUCAAAAAGGAAGUCGCUCGUCAGAUGAGCGGCGUCUAUGGCAUCAUAGUUUUUGAUGAGCACGAAGAGAGAAUCUUCGAAAAUACCACGAACGACGAUCUUCUGCUCAUCGGAGGACGAAUGAUGGAAUCUGGCAGGGCUAUUCUUCUGAUUACUUUCGAAUGA